AUGGAGCCACCCCCAGGUUUGAUGGUUCACAGUAAAGGACAAGUUUGCAGACUGAGAAAAUCUUUAUAUGGCUUAAAGCAGGCCAAACAAACACCUACCAGUUCACUGCCCCUUCUUGUGUAUGUAGAUGACAUUGUUUUGACAGGGAACUCUAUGACAGAAAUCAAUUGCAUGAAAGAACUCUUACACAAAGAGUUUCGAAUAAAGAACCUUGGUGAGCUCAAGUAUUUUCUGGGUUUGGAAGUUGCCAGGUCAAAGAAAGGCAUUCAUUUAUGCCAAAGGAAAUAUGCUUUGGACAUACUGGAGGAGACAGGGAUGUUAGGAUGCAAGCCUUCCUCUACUCCUUUCCUCAGUGAUACAGUUUCAUUAUACAGGGAGGACAGCUAUCUGGAAGAUCCAGGACCAUAUAGAAGGCUAAUAGGAAAGUACUCUACCUUACAAACACUAGGCCUGAUUUAUGUUUCUCAGUUAACUUACUUAGCCAAUUCAUGCAAUCACUACUGA